UCCUCUCGCUCGGGUUUGCCCGACAGAGGCGCGGUGCAUGCCGGGCUGGAGGCGGACAGCUGUCCUCGGCUUGUGGAGGACCGACGUCAGUGUUUGUGCUGGUCUGGGGAAGAUGGCGGAGGCUGCGGCUGUUCCCCCGCAUCGAUUUUUCUGUCACUGUUGUAAAGGAGAAGUAAACCCCAAACUCCCGGAGUACAUCUGUCCAAGAUGUGAUUCAGGGUUCAUAGAGGAAGUAACAGAAGACUCCAGUCUCUUAGAGGGUGGCGCUAACGGGAUAGAUGACGCAGCCACACAGUUUGCAGAGGUACGAGCUGAUCUGACGGAUUUUGGGGAGAACAGGCUAUGGCACUUGUUGUUACUGGAGCGGCCAUUUACAACAGACAGCGACACCCCUGACUCAGAACCUCGGCUCCCUGGAGGACGCCUGGGAGGUCUCAGUGACCUGGGGGGAUUGGGAGGUGGACCAAUCGGGGGGUCAGUCCCAGCAGGCCUAGGGGGACCUAUGGGGGGUCUACUAGGAGCUGGGGAACACUGGGGACCAGGACGCCCCCCUCGCCUGCACAGUCAGAGAAGAUACCGGUCCAGAGGCAGCAGCAGGCCAGACCGCUCGCCCGCAGUGGAAGGGAUUGUGCAACAGUUUCUCGCUGGCCUCUUUGCCAACUCUGGAGUCCCUGGCUCACCUCCACUCUCAUGGACGGGGAUGCUGCACUCUAACCCAGGGGAUUAUGCCUGGGGACAGGGAGGGUUAGAUGCCGUGAUAACACAGUUAUUAGGUCAGCUGGAAAACACAGGACCUCCUCCAGCAGAGAAAGAGAAGAUCUCUUCUCUCCCAACUGUCAAUAUCUCUCAGGAACAAGCAGACUGCUGUAUGGAAUGUCCGGUGUGCAAAGAGGACUUCGCAGUUGGAGAGCCAGUCAGACAGCUACCCUGUAACCACUUCUUUCAUUCAGACUGUAUAGUACCAUGGCUGGAAAUGCAUGACACAUGUCCAGUGUGUAGGAAGAGUUUGAACGGAGAAGACAGCAGCAGCCAGCCCCCAUCAGAGUCCCCCUCCCUCUCCAUGGACCCUCGCACACAGGAGAGAUGGUCCUUCUGAGACACCCACCUGUCUCAUCCAUCAGUUCUCCACACCUACAUUCAAUAACACACAGAGAAGACGAAAACGCUUCUCGCUUUUCCUCUGUUUGUCUCUGUUGCAGUCAUAAUCAUCUCAUUCUGAUUUUUAUUUUCUAUUUCAAUGCCUCUCUCUCCAGCCAUGUACACAAAUGCCCUAACAGACAUCUUAACAGCCAGCUGAGGUCUGCUGGACCUCUUUUUUGCCUAAUAACAAACCAGCCUAUAUUGAUGAUGAUCAAGCCCAUGUCUCUCUUACUUCCACCUCUCAAGCAAACUCCCUUCCCAUCUUUCUUGAAAUGCACUGCUGCAAUACAUUAUUGUGGGGAAUUGCCAGACUUAAUAUUAGGGAUGCACCGAUCCACAUUUUUUCACUUCCGAUCCUAUCCCUGAAUUUGGAUAUCUGCCGAUACCGAUACUAUUCCGAUACCAGAGCUCUGUUUGCUUUAAUAUUAUUAUCAUUAUUGUUG